AUGUUAGGGCUGAAUCUACGCCUCGAGCUAGAAGAGGAGGAGAUCACCGUGGUGGUCGGGGCGUAUAGUCCCCGAGAGGGAGAAAAGCUCGUGAAACUUGUUCAGGACCUGGGCAGAUAUGGCAGAUUUACCAAGCCCAUUGGCAGGCCAGGGUUUGUUUUUUAUGAUGGCAUGACCGAGUUCAAAAGAGAGUGCCAUCGAAUUGGCGAGGCAACCUGGGACACUAAUACUGAGGCCUCUGAGCUGCUCAAUAUUUGUGCAUUUCAAGGCCGCCUCGCAAAUGUUGGUUUCCUGAAGCCUCGUGAGCUGAUGAUAUGGUGGAUGAGAGAUACAUUGGAGCGGCUUGCAACGAGUUACGCAUGGUCUACGCUUGUUAUCGCAAUGGUCCUCGACCCAGAGCCUCCGGCCGAGUCUGACCAAGUCUUCCAAACGAACGAGCUGUACGACGGUCCAGUAUUGGGCCUGGAGCGUUGGAACUUUUGGCAGAGAAGGUUCGCGGAGAUUUCGAUCUCUGAGCAAUAUCCAGUCAAUGACGAGGCCCGCCGAAUUGCUGGUGACGCAGCAGGCUACAUGGCAGCUCUGGCGCGUACUGGUAGUGCUCAUGCGUGGUGA